UGUUUGAAUGAGAGAAUGCAGAAGGUUGCCACUAGUCGAGUCCAGUCAGCCUUGCAUGAUCAGAAUAAACAGUCUCUCCACAAUGGAAUCUAUUGGACCAAAUGAUGGAAGUGAGGAAAUUUCACAUGCUGGAGAAGCUAUCCAAGAGCAAGUUCUUGGCUUUCUGCAAGUACAGUCAUCUGAUUCUUCUCUCCAGGUCACUGGAGAAAGUGAAGUAAUUUACUUACCCCCACAGAUAGAGCUAGAUGGUGAACAUGUUUUCUUGACACAGGAAAAUGGAGAAGAAAUUAUUCUUUUAGUUAAUGCUAGCCAAGGAGAAGAUCUAGAACCAGAUUCUGGUUGUGAUUAUACAAUUUGUUCCAGCUCUGAGCACACUAACCAGAACUUUAAUUCUGUUAACAAAUUGCCUAUAACUCUAGACACUGGUCUGACGGGUAUGGGAACAACAGUGUUAGUAGAAAUUCCAAGUGAAAAUGAAGGUGAAAAAGAUUGCAGUGGUACUUAUGAAAUACCUUCUAAAUCAGAAACUGGUGUUGUUUUAAAGGAUGAUAAUACAUAUCUCAUGGCUCAGGAUGUUGCAGGCACUUCAUAUUCAAGUCUUAAACAAAAAUCUACAGAAAGUGAAAAUAUAAGAAUAGAGAAAAUAGAAGCUAACCGUAUUGGAAUACUUAAUAAAAGCUCAGAAGAAACCCAGAAGAACGUAAAUAAAGGAUUUGUUUGCUCUUUCACCCCAGUCUUGGAUGAAGAGAAAGUUCAAGUGAAUACUGUGCCCACAGAUAUGCUAUCAAAAAGUGAAAAGUUGAAACAAUUAGUAAUUGAAGAAGAUGGAUCUCUUUGUGAAAUAUCUAAACCAGUUGCUACUGUGACAAGAGAAUCAUUAGAAAACUAUGUCACUCCAGAGAAAUUGUACAACUCUAGUUUUGAGGAGGUUGAUGUGUAUUCAAAGAAAGACCUACAGACUUCUUCUUCUAUUUUGUCUGAAUUUGAAACUUCCGAAGUAAAAACUGUGCUUAGUAAAACUAAAUCAACCAAUGUGAAAUCCCCAAGUCAUUUGGGUAGGCCAAUCAUUGUGAAGAUUGAGAGGGCAGAUUCUCCCAUAAAAAAUGAAGCAACAUCAACAGAGAAGUCAGCAAGAAUUCCUAAUCAGGAUUUAGGUCAUGCAGCUGUUGAUGUAGAAGUUGAAGAAAGAAAAUAUCCCUUGGAAAAUAUGAAGAAAGUUCAGUCUGUUGACUCUAGUAGUAAAUCAGAAGACUUGGUUUGUCAAAGUCAAAAUUCCUGGGAAGUUAAGCCUCUUGAAUGCUCACCAUAUGCCACAAAACAUGGAAAAAUGGAAAGUAAUGAAGAAAGUGAGGUUUUGAAUAAAAAUGUUUGUAAAAUAAAAUCUCGUGAGGUGGAAAAACAUGAAACAGAGAUUUCAGUAAAACCUUUGAUACCUCCAUCAGGAAUCCAUAAGUUACAAACCAUAAAUGUCAAAGACAUUAAAUCAUUUAAUAAUGAAAAUAUGAAGGGAAAGCAUGCCACUGAAGAAUGUGAAAAAGAUCCUUUAAACGUUUUAGAACAUGUGUCUGAAAAAUCUUUCAUAAGUACUGGAGAAAUAAAUGAUAAACAGCUUCAAGAUUUCAACAUAAAAAGUAGACAAGAGAAUUCCAACUUAUGUGAGGCUGUUCAGCCAAAAGCUUCUGGUUCAAAUAACAUUGAACUUAUAGUUCCUAAAGAGAAAUGUGGACAAGAAAAUGUUAGAGUUCAAGAUUCCAACCUAAGUGAUAUUAAAGUUGCAGCUUUCCAAAGUAAAUGUGACUUAAACUCUGUGACAACUCAAGUUUCUGUUCCAGCUGAUGCUAAAGUUUCAAUAUCCACUGAGGAACAUGACUCAGAAAAUGAAGCAGCUAGUGGUAACCAAGUUUCAACCUCUAAGAAGGAUUGUAACCUGACAAAAGAGGUAACUCAAUUGCCUGAUUCAAGUGACAUUAAAAUUUCAACUUCUGUAGUUGAAUGUGGCCAAGAGAGUAUCAUAACUUCUAUUUCUAAUCUAAAUUAUAGCAAAGAUUCAAAUUCUGUGGAAGAAUACGACAAAGAUGAACAAGGAAUUCAUGCUUCUGGCCCAAUUGAUUUCCAUACUACAACUUCCAAGGAGGAAUGUUACCAUAAUAGAACUUAUGCUCAAAGUUAUUACCAGAUAUCAACUUGUAAAAACGAAUCCAAUCAAGAAAGCUUAAUACCAAAAGCAUCAAGUAUGAGUAAUGGACAGAUAUCUGAGAAGAAAUGUGACAAAGAUGAUGUGGAUGAUCAGUUAUGUAGUACUAAUGAAAUUCAAGUUUUGGUUUCUUCGGAAGAACAUGAUAAAAAAGAAUUGGUACCUAAAAGCUGUGAUUCAAGUGUUAUCCAAACUCUCAAGAAAGAUUUUCACCAGCAGAAUAUAGAUCAAGAUUCUGGUAUAAAUGACAUCCAGCUACCUAUUUCUACAAAGGAAAUAAAUCCUGAAAAUACUUCAGAUCAGAGUCUUGGUGCAUCUGAAACAUUAUUUGAAGAUAUUGAUAAAGAUACUGAAGAUAACCAACAUUUAACCAAAAAUAUUGAGUCGUUCUUGACAACUGAUGACUGUACAAACAGAAUAGAUAACAGUUUGAGAGAAAUGAUGAGGUCUGCUGGUACAUUUAUGAAAGAAGGCUCAAAAAAAUCUGAUAAUGAUGUUGAUGGUUCUGGUAAAAAGAAGAGUGAUUCUGAAGGAUUGGAAGAAGAAACAGACACAGAUCAUAAACUAAAGAUUACAAAAAAAGGUGAGAACAAUUUACAAACAGCAGUAGCACUUGAGUCAGGAUCUGAUAUACAGGUUGAUAGAAAGAAAACUGAGUGUAAUUUGAUUGAUAGUGCUGAGGAAGAAUUCAGUGAAGGUAAGUUUCUUCUCAUAGAACAGGUUUUUGAAAGUUGUAAGAAAACAGAUAGUAAAGGUGAUACUAUGGUACUCAGCAAAGAUAAGGAGAAUAAAUCACUAUUAAAAGUUCAGACACUUGAAUCUAAUGAACAAGUAGAAGUAAAUGAUGAAAGUGAGACUAUAACAGAAGAUAAAGAACCUCAAACAGUAAAACAAAGAAGAAUAUAUACUUAUUCUAAUAUUGAUGAAAAAAGCCCCCAAUCAUUUGAAAAUACAGUUUUGGAUAAUGUAGAAGACAUCUUGGAUGAUAAAAAAUCAGAUGAGAUAAAUCUUAAGAAUCAUGAAAGAAGUAAAACUUCAAAUAUUGUUGGACUAAAAACAUUUAAUUUAAGAUCAAGUGUGAAGAAAGUUGAAAAUGCCUCUGAAGACGUGAGUUGUGAAGUAAAAAGCAUUCCAAUAUCAUACCAAAGUCAAGGUGAUGGAAAUGAAGGUGGGAGAAUUGAGGAGGAUCAGAUUAUAAUUGAUCCAUUAAGUAAUUCCUUUAAAGAGCAAGAAGUAACAACUGAAUCUCGUUCUGAAGGUGACAAAAUGAAAGAGAAAAAAAUAAAAUAAUCAGAAGAUAAUGCAGAGCAUAUAAAGAAAAAGGGAAGAAAAGUAAAGCAAAAAGAUUCUUCUGGUGGCAGUGAAUUAGAAGAUGUUGUGUCUAAAAAACAGAGAAAGGUUGAAAAAUCUAGUGAGCCAGUAAUUACACCUG